AACGGUGCUUGUAGGUUUAUAGCAAGUCACAGACGAAAGAAGAAACUUCCUUAUUCAUGCCGCCAACCGCUUACUAAAAAUACCUAGAGGUCGAGGACGCAGUUUCUCUGCAAGAUUUAACGCCGCAGCUCUUUCCUUAAUGGAAGCCAUUUUUCAAAACCUCGAGGUCCGAGGAUGAGUGGUAGGGUAAAACAAGUUCCUUUAACAACAACAGGUGAUCAAGGAAGCAAUCAAUCUCAUCCAGGGAGAGGCAUAAAGCAGCAUAGUGGACUUCAAUAUGGAUUCUACAGUUCUCUCACCCAUUGUCAGAGGAGCAGUGACACCACAAGAGCAAACUCUGUUAAACGCCCCUUGUCAAUUAGAAAGUGGAGGAGCCAUCUUACUGCAGUUGUUGGAAUACAAAAUGGAUCUGCUUGAGGCUGUCGAGGAGCUGCACAUUCGAAGGGAUGCCGAAACCUGGUACGAAGAUCAGAUCGGUAAAGUGGUGUUAGAGAAACAGGAGCUGGAGUGGAAGAAGGAAUCCUUGCAACAUCAAAUCGAAACGGCUACAAACCAGCAUGCGCAGUCUCUCAUUGACGUCCAAAAGCAGUUACAGGCCACAUUAAGACACACGGAGCAGGAGAAGGGGAGAUAUCAGGCCAUCGCAGAGUUAAAAGAGAAGGAGAUUCGCAACUUGAAAGAAGAAAUGAAGUCGCUUCAGCUACUGAAGUACAACUUGGAAAAGAAAACCAACGACUUGGAGCAGAAGAUUGCUUUGCAGAUUCGGUCAAAAGAUAGUCACUUGAACCAGAUGAAAGAGGUGGAGAAACAUUUCAAAGCUCUAUCAACGCAGUGUAUUACAAUUAAGAAGGCCUAUGAGAAACUGGAGCAAAAUGUUGAUGAGGCUAUGAGAAUAAAUAAGAAACUGGCAGCUUCAAAUGAAAAACAUGAAGUGACAAUUGAGGCACUAAAAAAGGAGCUAGAGGAGGUCAACAGCAAGUUGAUCAAGGCAAAGUUGUCAUCAGUCCAACAUGACAAGGCCCACAGGCCACCGACACACACAGAACAGCAUCUACAGCAGCUGCGCCACUCGCUGAGCAUGGAAAAUGAAAUGAACAAGAGGCUAAGGGAUGAGUAUGCAGCAGUACGGUCCGAGAAACAAGAGGUGAUGACGUCAAUGCAGCACACUCAGCAGCUCUUGAUGUGCCAGACACAGACUGUGAGCAGACUAGAACUGCAGCUGCAGACACAAGAAGAGCAGUACAAGGCAUUCAAGAUGGAACAUCAAGUAAUGCUAGAGAAAUGCAAGGAAAUGGAAGACAAGGUCGCCCGACUGAUGCAUGAGCAGCAAGAUUUCCGAGCACUGAAAGAAGCACACGAUGACCUUCAACAGAAACACACUGAACUGUCUGCCCAAGUCAAAAUGCAAGUUCAGAAUAUACAUGAGAUAUUCCCCACUGAAGCAGAGGAAACCAGAGAGAGACCUCCUGAUGAACUCCAACCCAGCGCCAUGCAGCAUGUCUUUGGCAGCCAGCAGAACUCAGCUGUUUCUCCGAAAAAGAUUCUGGACUGUCUGGAAGAUACAACAACUAUGAACAAAUUGGAUGGCGAAACAGAAGGAUUCAAAGCCCCAAAUCCCCAUGUGAAUUCCCAAACUCAGCUACAAGCUCAAUGUGAGAAGUUAUUUUCCAUUCAGUCAAACAAAAAGCCUCUGGGACUCUCUGAAAAAACAAAUUGUGACGACAACCUGUUGGAUAAAAACAGAAACUACAACAGAAGUGAGAGGAUGUCUAAUCAAGUGUCAAACCCGACUUGUACUACUUUCCCUCAGUCUGGCUAUGAGUUGGACAACAGUGAAACCAUCAGUGAAAGCUCAGUCAUUGGAACAAACAAAUCAAACUCUGCCUGCAUGUCAAACAAUGACUUUCUAAAUAAAGACAGAACUUUUGAGGAUGGGGGUGCAAACAUGAUCAGAGCAGACUAUUGUGGCAUAGAUAAGGCAAAUACGGAAAGCAACAACACAAAGGAAAUGGAAAGGAAUACAAAUCAGGACAUGAACACUGAAGACGUCCUAGAAAAUGUAUAUGCUGGAGAGCUGAGAGAAAUUCCCAAUUCCCAAACAUCAGAGUGCUGUGGAAAGGGUGAACACGAGUCCAAAACAGAAACAACAGAGUUUGCAGAUGGAGGGAUAGAGAAAGGAAAGACAGAAACACCGAUAGAGGCCCAGAUCAUCCAUGAUAAAUUGAGCAACACUCAAUCAGACAUUGACUUCAUGGAGAAAAUAGUGGAUGUCUGUGAUGCAACCUGCAAUCAGAAGGACAUAGAGAAGGUUGCAUGUAAUAUUCCCAUGAACACAAACAAAGGGCAGUUGCUUCAAGAUAUUAGCAGUCCCACAGACCAAAGUAUAACUAAUGGCUGUAUUACAGUCUUGCAUGACUUGUGUCAAACCAAUGAAGCCUCCAUCAAGUUGUCACCAACUGCAGAUCAUGAAGUGGAAGACAAAACCCGAGAGGACAGGAUGGAUGAAACAACAGCUAAACUUUCUAAAACCCUGAGUCAGUCGCUUGACUCACUGACGAUUCCGCCAUUGACAGAACAUGAUAAUAUUACCAGUGAUAUAACUCUCACAGAUAACAUGAACGGUACAGAUACUAAUGAUAAGUUUGGGAAAACCAAGGAUGACACCAAAAAUGUGUCCCACAAUCAGAGUACCAUCGAGCAGGCAAAUAGACUGAUGGAUACCUCUCACCUGGAAACGGUCAGUUCUGACACGGAUUUGAAAAUGUCCAACCAAGAUAAUACCAUGGAUUCAAAGACCCCUGAAAGUGUUUUAUUAGGGUCAAUACAGUUGCAAGAUGGCAACGAUGAAUCAACUGAGAUUGAAGCCUCCAAAUGCCCCAAGUUGGCUGUGAAAGAAACCCUUGGCGAUGUGAUGGAAUUGUCUCUACCCAAGACUUACACGGACUGCAGUGGUGCUAUCAAAGAGACGGUUUUAUAUACAGCUACCACCAAUUCCAUCUUGCAUCCAAAUGUUCAGAACUUCCCUGUGCAUGAGAAAAAUGCAUUUGGUCCUGUUGGGCUAGUCACUGAGUCUCCAUGCACAACGUUCUUUAAAAGCCAGCACAGUAAAGUACCCUUAGUGACUACCAGAGCGGCCGACUUGUUUAAUGCUUCCGGUGUUUCUGGAUCCACAACAUUUGCCGGGAGACCCCAGCAGGGAGAGCAGAGCGUUGUCGGGGAGCGCUCCAGAGAGACAUCAACAGCAGAUGAGAGCAGAAUUUCCAAGUCCGUCCCAUCUUGCCCAGUAUCCAGUUUGUCCAGCACAUUCCCUUGGCAGCUUCCUUCUGGGUGUAGUAGGCCUCCUGCGUCCAGUGUGAGUCCACGGUCCCAGAAUACUUUUGAACCUUUGUGCUCUCAGGAAGUGCAGAAUUCGAUUCGAUCCCAGAUAUCGAAAAUCGAACAGUUCCUCAAAACUGAAAGACUCCACCUGUCCAAACGACGGCGUACGGACAGCUAAACCACCAAAACAAAAAAAAGCUGUGACUGACGAGAAGCUUUUCUGCUCCUUGAAUGGACCAAACACGACUUCAGUACAAAGUGAAGGUGGUCGUCCUGACGAAAGUUGACUGUUUCUCCGCCAUGGGCUUGAGGGCCUUCCAGAAAGUCUCUCCUCUGGUG